UAGCUGCAUCAGCUGUUUUUUAAGCUCUGCUUAUACUGGAAAUAUUUGUUAAACUUUAUCAUUUUAGAGAGUCAAAACAUCUCUUGGAUGUUCCCCAUGGAUAUCACUCUGGUAGGAACGUUGCUCCUUCUGCUCAUAUCCAGCAUUUAUUUCAUGUACUUGACUUGGAACCAAAUGUACAGGAAACGUAACCUUCCUCCAGGUCCAACGCCUCUCCCGCUGAUUGGAAAUUUGCUGGAUAUAAAGUUUGGGGAAAUGGCAGGAUCAUUAAUGAAGCUGUGGGACCAGUAUGGGCCAGUCUAUACCAUUUACCUUGGCAUGAGGCCUGUGGUUGUUAUUUGUGGAUAUAAGGCGGUAAAGGAAGUCCUUGUAGAUCUUGCUGAAGAAUUUGGUGCUCGUGGAAGAGUUCCUUCAAUUGAUAAAUUUACUCAAGGAUAUGGAAUUAGUUUUUCAAAUGGAGAAUGCUGGAAGCAAAUGCGAUUCUUUUCAUUUAAGACCCUAAAAGACUUUGGACUUGGAAAGAAAACCACAGAGGAGAAGAUUCAAGAGGAGGCACAGAAUCUGGUGAAGACAAUAAAGCAAUACAAUGGUUUACCAACAGAUCCAGCCAGACUGGUUAUGGAUGCUGUAUCCAGUGUAUUUUGCUCUAUUAUAUUUGGAAACCGAUUUGAGUUUGAGGAUGAGAGAUUCUCAAAGAUAUUCAGUUUUUCAGAGGAGACCUUAUCUCUUAUGGGCACACCUUGGGCACAGUUGGAGGAUACAAUUCCAGAGCUGAUGAAAUACAUCCCAGGGCCACACAAAAAGAUUGUAGAUGUAUCAGAAGAACUGGUUGCGUGUAUACAAAAGAGAGUGGAGAUCAACCAAGCGACACUAGAUCCCGCUUGCCCCAGGGAUUAUAUUGAUUGUUUCCUUAUCAAAAUGGAACAGGAAAAACAAAAUCCUAACACCGAGUUCACCAUGAGAAAUCUCUUGAUAACAGUUCACAGUCUCCUUCUUGGUGCUACAGAUACUGUUGGUACCACACUGAGGCAUGCAUUUCUAAUAUUACUAACAUAUCCUGAGGUACAAGAUAAACUUCACAAGGAAAUUGAUCAGGUGAUUGGAAGAAAUAGACUUCCACUUCUGUCUGACCGGAGCCAGAUGCCUUAUACCGAUGCUGUGAUCAAUGAAGUCCAGAGAUUUGUAGAUCUUGUUCCACUCAAUGUCACCCAUUCAGUGACAAAAGAUAUACAGUUCCGAGGAUAUACUCUCCCCAAGGGCACUGAUGUCUUCCCAUUGCUCUGUUCUGUUCAUCGUGAUCCCAGUCAAUUCUCUACUCCGUACAAAUUCAACCCCAACCACUUCUUAGAUGAGAAUGGUGGAUUCAAGAAGAAUGAUGCUAUGAUGGCUUUUUCCGCAGGGAAGCGGAGAUGUCCCGGGGAGGGACUCGCUCUCAUAGAACUCUUUCUAUUCUUCACCAUCAUCCUGCAAAACUUCACCUUAACCUCAGAGAAAAAGUUUACUGAAGAUGAUAUUGCCGCUAAAUUUUCCGGAUUUUUAAAUCACCCCAUAUCUUUUCAACUCUCCUUCAUUGCUCGAUAAUAUGGUGUUACAUAAAUAAUUAACCUUUUCAAAGUAUGUGAAAAUCAUCAUUGAUACCUGUAGCUAUGUACUUUAUUACUUAUGAAAUAAUAUCAAAAUGUACAUUUCUACCUUUGUUCAUUUUAAAAAUUAUAGAGAGAAGAAAUA